CACGAUUUUCAACUUGAACCGCCCAGGAGUGGGUACCGACUCCUAAAGUAAAGUACCACAUGCAACCGACUGGCUAAAGUUUCCAAUCACCAUGUCCUUACUACCAACCCUCAAAGCCCACCUCGCCGACGCCCUUACAACACUUGACUCCCUACGGCAUACCCUGGACAACCUAGUGUACGGCGAUGGAGCGUUUUCUUCAGAGACCGUAGCAGGGACUACAUAUGCGCGGCAUGGGAAGGUAGCGGACAGCGGGGGCAGCAAGUGGCCGGGAAGCUUAGCGGAGGCGGUGCAGCAGGCGCGGGACGACGCUGGGAUGUUUUUUAGGGCGGUUGGUUGCAAUUAUGCGGUUUCCAACCAUGAGCAGGGAAAACAUGGGAUGACUGAUCUUCUACCUCUAUGCAAACACAGAUCGACUGGACGGAACCCUUCAUCCUAACCCUGGUAGGGUUUCACGUCGUGUUCCUGGCGUGGAUAUGCACGGGACGGAAGCAGUAUGCGCGGACGGCGGUCAAUUUCUUCCUCGUCGGAGGACUCAUAUUCGCGUCACGAUGGCUAAACACGUUAGGAUCGCAGCACUACGCUAAGCUUGCGAGCGUGGACUAUUUUGACCCGCAUGGCACGUUUUUGGGCGUCAUGUGGGCCGCACCGUUAUUGGGGGAUCUGGUUCUUUUGACGAUAUUUCUGCUCCGACAGUCGAUGGAUAUGAUGAUUCAGGUGAAACGGCAGCAGUUGCGGAGAGAACAGGCGGCUGAGAAGAGCGGGAAGGUGGGGAGGAGUGGUAAUUCCGGCAAGAGCAAGAAGCAGCGGUAGUCGACUAGAAUCUCGGUCGCGCCCAUGCUCAGCUAACGCCUUAUGACCGCCGGUCCCCACUGUCAGACGCUCGUUGCUGUAGAUGGUAGACGACAGGGAUCUGCAAACAAGAACGUAGGAUUGGCAGCUGGUCUUCCGGAGACCAUCUCGGACGUUGGUGUUCGGAUAUGUACAUGAUGAAGAAACUAGAUAAAUUAAGUAAUAGCGUGCUAUGCUGCCAAUGGGUUCGUGAGAUGGCUCUACAGGAAGAACCGGCGACGGCUGGUGUCCAAUUCCGGCUGCGUAGAGAAAAGAGUCUGCAUGAGUAUAUGCUGCAAUCCCCAUAAGCAAAACACAAUAGCCCAUACCUUAUGCAUCCACUCAUACUCCC